AUGGCCCCCCUUCAAUCGCCCGACUUCGACCUGGCAAAGUGCCUCAACGGCGAGCAGCAGCUGGUCACCUGGAACGUCGCAUACCGCGCCCUCUGUGACCCUGUAACCGCGUCCAAAAGUGACGCCCUACGCGCCUUCCUCUCCGCCAAAGAAAACAUCGACACCCUCACCCACCCAUGGCGGCCCUUCCCAGACCCGUCGUCGCAGGAAAAAUCAAAGUUUGAAUCCAAGACAGCGCCUAUCAGCGUCACUCCAGCCCAGAGCGAUCACUAUGAUGUAGAGGAGAUCAAAGAAGACAGCCUUUGGCUAGCCAAGGAAGCGCAAAUCUCGGAAUACGCAGCCUUGCAGCUUGUUGUGCAGGAAUGGCAGGGUCGCCCUGCCGCCCAGCUGCUGAGUGGUCUGACGGAAGAGGAGGCGCUCAGUGUGCAAGACGCGGCCGGAAUUGCCAACCUAGGCGCCUCGACCUUUGUCCCAAACUCGUCCCUCCUCGCAACACCGCUCGCUUCUAAGACCGCCCACCUCGAUACAAAGAACCAGCGCCGUCUGCACAUCCUCGACAUCUACCACUCGACCUGUGCCUCCAUCAUUCGCAUAAGCCAGCUUCUGGUCUCGUGGGGCUGCGCAUCCAAUCUGCGCAAUCAGACCAUAUAUGGCACCGAAUACCUCAGCAUUGGCGCCGGAUGGAUUGAAGAGCUCGGCCAGACUAUCGCGACAGCACAGGACGGACCCUCGGGUGGAAAGGCACUAGACGAAUGUCUCAAGGCCUUCUCAAAGAGAUGUGAUUCCUUGGAUACCGGCUAUGCGUGGAAUGUGGACGAUUCAAUACUCGAAGCAGCAUCCGAGAAGUGGGUCGUUGCCCAAACCACCGAGUUGCUACACAUUCUCCACUUGGCACUAGUACAUGCCGAUUUGGUUGCAAAAGAAUUCCUUCCGGCGGCCACGAUUGAAGACUGGCUCAAAGCCUUUAGUUUCCGCGGCUUCUUUCGCGAAUUUCCCGCAGUCACCGCUCGCCAGGAGCCUCUUAUCCCCGUCAUUCAACUCUUGACUUCACUCAUGUCCCUGACUAUCUUGAAGGUUGACAAGAUUAUGGACGAUCUCGAAUCUGGCGAUUGCAACACCUGGCAUUCUUCGUCGUACAUCUUAAACACCAAUGUUGUGGAGACCAUCACGACCAUAUUCGGAGAGGCCAAGGUAUUGGGUGCCAGUCCUGCCACACCACCCAUGUUUGCCUGGGCCCUCGUAACGUGGAAACUUACAAGCCGUGCGAGCUACGAGGAGCAAGAACGUGACCGUCUCCUCGAAUCAUCAAAUGGCGCCGGAAACACCGAAUCCGAGCCCUCUUCCCUUGAGGAGGCUGCUUUGGUAAUUACAAAACUCGAGAACCACGAGCUAUUCGACGGCAAGAUGCCAUACGAAGACCUGGCUACAGUCAGCUCAGCAGCAGGUGUACUAGCCAUCAUCAACCAACUUGUCGAAACCAGUCUCCCUGCGUUUGGCACGUCCAUUGAUCGGAUAUCUCAGGACAGAGUUCGAUUGUUGUUCCUUCACGUAGUUCGCGCUGCUGUUGGGAGCGAGAUCGUCGCAUAUAGUCCAGAUCUCAUUGUCACAACAUACACCAUUCUGGCUGGCGAUAACACGUUUCGCCGGUGGGACAAUGGUCAAUUUGCCCGACACGCCGAUCCGAUUGUGGCAUACUUCCUUGAGGACGAAUACAUCCUGAGGCCAAUGUUGCUCAACGAAGCCCGCUUGCGAUAUCCCUAUGAGAUGACACCAUUUCUGAAAUUCUGCAGCGCAUUGACUCGUGGGGACAAGACGAUGCAGAAUGGCAUGCCUUCGUUUGUUGAUAAGCUUGCGAAUCACAAUCGCUUGAUGCAACGUCUUCCAGAUGGAUUCCAUGACUAUCAACUAACGCGUGAAGAGGAGAAUGCCAACUGGGUAGAACUUACCGCUGAUCUCCCCUUGUUUUCUUCUGCAGGCACAUCCACUUUUGGUGCCCAGCGUCGCUUGAUGGCCUCGGGCACUUCAAGACACGCACAUGGCUUCUCUACUAUUCCGGCUGGCACAGAGGGUAUCAUAGUUGAUGACAACUCACAGCCAUACGUAGCAGUCUGGCAUCACCAACAUUCUACUUUAUCGUACCUUGUUGAACUUCUCUCGACAUAUCCCGUUGGAAGCAGCAAAGUCGAGACUGCUACCCAGCAACGCGCGUCUCGUGAGAAUGUUGUAGAAGUCAUUGGCCUUUUCGCUGACCUGAUCCACUCGUCCUUGCACUCGUCCGAGGGCAUCUGCUCACCCGAGCUUCUAGAGGCAAUUGGCAUAGGAGCUGAGGGCAGCGUGGACACUGUUAACAUUGUGCUCGCAAUUUUCGAAGAAGAACUCUUGUAUCUCUGUCAGGAACCAAGCAACGAUGUGUCCUUGGAGCUAUUGGUCAACUGCACUCAUUUCUUGGAAGCUUUGGUCAUUGUGUCCCCUCAAAGAGUAUGGCCGUGGCUCGCCAGGAGUAGAUUAUUAGAGGGCGAUGGCAACGGAAGCUUGGCAACCAUCCUAAUCAGCACUGAGAUGGUUCUUGGACGAUACGACUUCCUUCUUGGAUGUAUUCGGCUCUACAAGGGUCUUGUCAAGGAUUCUGUUGAUCGAUCCGUGUCCCGCAAAGUCCCUACAAAGGCACUCAGUCGGUUCAAUGCAUCGGCUCCCGCUGACAGCGGUACUUCGGACAAGAUCAUGAGCACCAUUCUGUUCACUUUUGGUCGCACUCUUGCCAGUAUAUAUGAGAACUCGCUCAACUGGAAGUACUCGCAGCCGGACCACCGCCCCGAAAUCAACACUGCCAUUUGCGAAGUCUUUACCACAAUCUUGAGUCUUGCAUACAGCGUAGACGAUGCGCCAAAGCUGUCUACUAAGCUCACGAAAUCAAUUGCACCCAUCGCCGAAUAUCUUACUCAACUCUAUCUUGCUGGUUCCGACACCAACCUUCCUACAAACCCGCUCAUGACAUCUUUGAUCAUCGGGGUCAGCCCCAACGACAACACCUUGCUUACGACUUCAGGUGCACUAUGGACUCAACAGACCCAAAGCACCUUAGCAUUUGCCGACCUACUUGUCCGAAUUGCCAUGCUACUUAACAAACCCUGGACCCAUCUGGAGCAACAACUCUUCAAAGCAACACCAUUACUCGCCCGACUGUACGCCACGAGUGACAAGUGGAAGUCCCAGGUUGUGCUGUUGUUGGAAGCUCUGGUCCGUGGCGCGGUCCGUGUUACCACCCAAGAAGAUUCAGAGAUGGCCGACAAGAAGACUGAGCAGCGAGAACCGCCUUCGUUACUAGGCCAUCUGGGGCCACGAACUGCGAAGAACUUCCUCAGUGUGCUUUCUCGACUGGAUGAGCCACUAAAGAUCGUGGACAUCCAACGGAACGUGUGGAACUUACUUUCAGCUGUAGUAACGUGCAAGCAGCAGUGGUUCUCUCUGUAUUUGCUUACCGGAAACACUCCACGAGAAACAAUUCGAAGCAAAAGAAACGUGGCGCAAGAUUCAAGGAACAAAGCCCUGCUCACGCGAGCUUUCGAUGCGUUGUCUAGUAUGACUCUCCCAGAAAAGGAAGCUGCUGGCGUUUCAUGGCCGCUAUUUACAGCCAUGCUCGAGUUCGUUUCUUCAGCGCAAAACAACUGGUCAUGGGCAAUGGGCGAUUUACGGCAGCGUAAAGACUUGAUUCAAAAGUUGCUCGCAUUCCUCAAAUGGAUGGCAAAACAGUCUAAACAACCGCGAAUUAGCAGUAAUGAGGAGACACUAGAGCGAUCGUUCCAAAACAAGUUCGCAUCUCUCGCCUGCGAAGUCAUUGCCAUGUACCUCCACAGCUCGCGACAGGUCGGUGACAUUACCGUACUGAAAGACAUCGUUCCCAGCUUGACGUACUUGGAAGAUACUGCUUUGGAUCUGCCAUCUUACAGUACGUCGCUGCACGGAUAUUUGAAGCAGAACCUGGAGCAACAGUACCCUGGUGUCUCUCUAGCGAACCUCAAGCGGACCACUUUAUACCCUGAGACCUUCGGACGGGCAUUCUUCUAUGACAUUGAUCUCGCUCAGCAACUUCUGGGUUUCAACAGCAAGUGGGCUGGCCCUAGGGAGGGCACGGGUUUCGCAUCUGAAGUUGAGAAGGCAAACUACAACCUAGGACUCGUAGAAUCCCAAGUCUUGUUACUUCACGGCUGGAAACUGUUGGCUCUGGAGCUUGGUCAGGUGGUAGCGAAGGACGAGCGAAUCGUCAAGGUCCUCAUUGGUGUUGUUCAAAAGUGCAUGACUGCCAAUACCCAGUCGAACCUCCCGGAAGCAUUGUUUGGUCAGCUCAUGGUCGUGCGAGCGGAUCUGGCAUUUGCUUUACUGAAGAAGCUCGUAGAGGCCAAGGUUCGAACUACAGAAGCGCGUCAAUUGCUUAGCCCAAUACGGAGUGCCAUUCGCGCCUCUACUCCGGACUUCGAUAGUGUCUUCUCCAGCGACUCGGUCCAUUACUACCGGUCCUUGUUACGCAUCCUCUACCUCGCUCUUCACUUCCAUCUGAUUGAGGAUACCGACCAGUCCAACGAUGCCUCUUUCCGCUCAAGCUUCCGUGGCACUAUGCCGAGCAGUCACAAUAGCUACACUGAGCCCAUCUCCACACAGCUUCUCGAAAUUCUGACCGAUACAGUAGCCAAGGGGUUCCGUAGCUUGGCCACACAGCUACACGCGGAACCCUUGUCUGUCUUACCAUCAGACUUUGCUCUCCUAACUGCGCUGCUACAGCGUAUCAUCGCCAUACCAGAAAUGUCCAAGUGGCAGCAACAAGCAGCGCUUCUCUUUGCAAAUAACAACACAGUACGCUAUGCCACCAGCCUUUUCUCAUGGGCCGAUCGCCUCGCAAUAUCACACAAUGGCGUGGACGAUCCUAUUUACGGCGAGCUAAGCAUCCUCUUCUUGCUCUCGCUAUCCAGCAUCCAAGCUCUAGCCGAGACCAUGGCUGUCGAAGGUAUCCUCAGCCAACUCAACACGGCAAACAUUAUGAACUACUACCGUCGCGUAAACGGCACCGGUCCCUUUGACAGCCCGGUUCGCAUGUACUCUGUCUGGACCAAGGGAAUCCUUCCCCUCUGCCUCAACCUCCUCUUAUCCGUCGGGCCUCCGAUUGCUGGCGAGAUUUCCUCAUUCCUCAACCAAUUUCCUGAACAAUUGGCCCGCUCGGCAUCAAGCAUCAACUCAUCGAAUUCAUCGUCUCGUUACACAGCCAACAGCAACAAGAUCACGCUUUCUGUGGCAUCUGAAAUCCACAGUUUGGCCCUUAUCGCCGCGAUCUUAGAGAACGUGCGCAAACAAGGGCCUAAGCUGGGUAUUCAAGCCAACGAAGUGGCGCUUCUGGAAUGGGAAAAGGACGCUGUUAAAGAGGAUGUGGAGAGUUGGUUAUCGCGUAAGAGUGCGCUCAGAGAACGUCUUGUUGCGGUUGAUGAGAAGGAGUUGGACAUGCUGAAUCGCACCAAGGGCAAGGGAGAGGAUGCGCCGAGUGAGUUGGAAGAGAGAGUUGUAGCUGAGCUCGAGGAUGCGAGGACAUGUAUGGUUGGGGGUGCGAACGGCGGUGGGAGUGGUAAUGGGGAUAGUACAAGGAAGUAA